UAUUUAGAGAAGAAAGUCAGUUAUCGGGCGUGUUGGGUUGAAAGGAGGAGGAGGAUGGGCAGCUCAGGUUCAGAGGUGGUGACGGUGGAUGUGGCCGAAGCAAAGAGACUGGUGGAAGCAGGUCGCCAUUCUUAUCUCGAUGUUAGGACCCGGGAGGAGUUCCGAAGAGGCCACUGUCUCGCACCUAAAAUCUUCAACGUCCCCUACAUGUUCAACUCCCCUCACGGUCGAGUGAAGAAUCCGGAAUUCUUGAGUCAAGUUUCAUCUCUGCUCGACCAGACCGAUCACAUUGUUGUAGGAUGUCAGAGCGGAGUCAGAUCCUUCCAUGCUGCAGCUGACCUUAUUGCUGCCGGUUACAAGAACGCGAGUAACAUGGGGGGUGGGUACGUGGCUUGGGUCAGCCACAUAUUUCCGGUCCAGGCGGAGCAACCACAUGGAAUUUGAUUAACCCUCUGCCCCCUUUCAUCAAGAAACAAACGACCUGCUUUAUGUUGUAUCGUGGGCUUUGCACUCAUGUUGUUAAAAUAAAAUAAAAAAAUCGUAUUUAACGCAAACUAUAACCGAAAGAAAGAAAUAAUGCAUCGUUGAGGAAGCGGGCACAAGAGACAAUAGAUAUAGAGAGAGAAACGGCGUAGAGCAACGCACGUCUCCUAGCUGUCUGUAGACUGUAGCUGUGGUGCCAAUCAAGACAUACGGGAAUAAUAGACAACUGGCUUAUUAUGUAAUAUAGCGGUUGCUUUUACCGUUUAGGUUAUACAUUGAUAACUUUGAUUACA